UAAUUUAAAGAAGAGAUAAGUUGUACUCACACAGAUGGUGAAAACGUAUUCAUGGGUCACAGAGAUAGGGAUAGUAAGGGUCAUCUCUUGACUUCUAUGAACCCAGUUCACUGUUGUUAAGCUACCAUUAUACAGCAUGAGAUUCACAGAUACUACUUAUGUGUUACAAAUACUGGUACAUAGAUUUGGAAGAAAUGUGUUUAUAUUUCUUCUGUUGUGCAAUAGUUAUACUGCAUGCAGUAUAUUCGAGUCAGGAAAAGAAUACACAUAUUCCUAUAAUGCACUUUCAAGUACCGGUGUUUUGUUACCAUCUAGUGCAUCGUCUUCAUGGGGUUUUCAUGGAAAACUUGUAAUUCAAGCAGAACAAAAUGUAGUUCUAAUGCAGUUGCAGUCAUUGAAAAUAACUACAUGGAAUGGUAACUUACAAGAAAAAGGUGGAGAUUAUGAUACUACUGAUGACAUAGCUGAACUUCUGAAACCAUUUCAAAUUGUAUAUAGAAAUGGUCUUGUUGAAAAUUUCAGCACCGAAACUAUAUCCCCUUGGUCUACAAAUAUAAAAAGAAGUAUAACAGGAAUUUUACAAUUAAAUCUCUCUAAUUUAGAAAAUGAUGCAGCUUUUCAUUCAACUGAAAAAAAUCACUAUGGAGAAUGUAACAUUGAAUACAUUGCUAGUCCUGAAGAAGAAAAUGAAUGGGUGAUAAGGAAAUAUUUUGAUCCUCGAAAGUGCAUUGGUCAUCCUCAUUUUACAUGGUCAAAUGUUCCUAAAAUGUUGUGUCCAAAUGGUGAUCAAAAUCCAAUAUUAAAAUCUAGUGAAAGGUUGUAUAAAGUUAAGAUAAAAGGAUCUGUCAAUGAGAUUUUAUUUGUUAAUGCUUCUGGAGGCAUAUAUAUACAACCUUUUCAAAGUUUUGGAGAAGCACAGUUUCAUUUUACAAGGCAAAUCCUUAAAUUAAUUUCGGUGAAAGACACAAUGAAUAGGAUACUUACUAAAGAUUUACAUCCAAAAGUUCUACAGCAUGAACUUCCAGAACUUGAUCUCACGCAGGGUAGAGGUACUCCUGACAAAAGUACUGUUUUUAAAUCUAUAGGAACUUUAUUAGAUAGACUAAGUCAGAGACUUGAAAAUCCCGGUUUGGAUACAGAGACUCUUAAUUUACAUAAUACAACAAUUUCUGUUUUACUUUACUAUCUUGGGAUGUUAGAUGUUGUUGAUUUACGUACUGCAUACACCAAAAUUUCAGGAACAAGUUACAAAGAAGAAACAAUACGGAAUAUGUUUCUUGAAGCUUUGCCACAAGUUGGUACAAAAGAAGCUGCAUUAUUCAUAUUAGAACUAAUUCAAGAUAGGAAAGUAUCAGACAUGUCUGCAAUUCAACUUCUUACUCAGUUACCAUUUCAUGUAAGAAAACCAGAUGUCCAACUGUUAGUCAAUUUACAAACAUUUCUGAAUUUGCCAGAAAAAUUAUCUCCAGAAGUACAAAACACAGCAAUUCUUACAUAUGGCACAUUGAUUUAUAAAACGUGCUUAUUAUAUUGUCCAUAUGAAAUGUUAGAUGAUUAUGUGCAUCUAUAUCUCGAUAAGUUUACAGAGACAAAGGAAUAUUUGAAGAAAAUGGUUUGGCUAGAAGGUUUAGCAAAUAUACAAUUAGGAAGAGUAGUGGAGUUCUUAGAACCUAUUGCAAGCAGUAAUAAUGCAGAAUCACGUCAUUUUCGUGUUCUUGCUGCCUGGGCAUCGCUUCCAACUGCUCCGCGGAGACCUGAUGUUAUAUAUCCAGUUUAUUGGCCAAUUUUAAUAAAUAGAACUGAACAUUUAGAAAUGAGAGUAGCUGCAUUGACAUUACUUAUUGUUUCGAGCCCUACACCAAGCAGGCUGAUAUCAUUAUAUUGGUAUAUGCAAAGUGAACCCAAUCAACAUUUGUAUAACUAUUUUUAUACCACUCUAAAAUCUAUGGAGCACACCACAUUCCCUUGUUACGUUCAUAUAGGUGCUAUAGCUGCUCAAUUUACACGAGUACUUCGUCGAUCAUCAAAUUAUCAAUAUUUAAUUACUGGUAAUUAUGUAUUUGAUUAUCAAGAUGCAUAUAGAAAAUUUGGUGCAAUGAUAAGUGGUAUUGUCAUUGCUAAUCCUCUAUCAAACAUGCCUGAGGUUUUAUAUGUAACUCUUAAUACUUAUGGAAGUGGAACCAAUAUAAAUCAUGUAUCUUUAUAUAUAAAAGCUGAAGGCCUUCUACAAACAUUAUCAACAUAUCUUGAUGGUCCAACACAAGUACAGGAUAUACUGAAGCAAUUUAAAAUAGACCAAAAGCGAAAUGGACCUGUACAUUUAGAAGUAAUCGCACGUAUUCAAGAGAAAACAAUUUUAUGUCUCCACUUAAACGAAACAAAUAUUAUUGCAGGAUUCAAAUAUCUUUCAUCGCUACCUAAUAAAAUGUAUCAUAUAUAUCAAAACGUGGAAUUUCAUGUUAAUCAACAACGUAUUAAUGUACCAUUAACUCUAGAAUCGGUACAAGUCACAGAUUUGGGAGCAAAUGUUAGAGUUGCAGUUACCACUACAUCAUUAUUCUCAAUGAGGGGAAAUUUUACACGUGUUUCAGUCGGUCGUAAUAAUCAUGUCAUAUUACGAACAUCUAUUCAUGGAUCUCAAUUAAUUGAAAAUUAUAAUCCGUUAAUUGAUGUAUGGCAUAGUGCAGAAAGAGCACAUUCUGUACAUGGAUAUCUUCCAGUCAAUAUUACAAUUGGAUUGCAAAAUCGACCUUUCAUUUCAUAUAAUACUCCAGGGGAACAUCUUAAAAUGGGUUUCACAUUUCAUACCCGAACAUCUACUAAUAUAAGAGGGCCAAAUGUUAGAUCAAAAUUAAGUAAAAUUUGUCCUAAUUGCACCCAACUCUACGUAGUUAAAAAAUCGCCAACAUAUAAACCACAUGAUGUAGAUUUAUUUCAAAUUGACUUGGUAGAAUUAGGAGCUCAAAUAUGUGUAAAACUAUUCGAUUGUGAAAGUAGACUAUCACGAGAAAAAUUAAUUCGUGAUGUGUUUUCUUCGCACCAGGCUAAUUAUCCUAUUUGGCCAAUUCUGCAAUUUGCUUUAACAGCACUUCAUUUCUUAGAUUACUACACAUAUGUACCACCAAAAGGGAGCUGUGGUUUAGCUGCUUAUAUUAGUACAAUUGACACACAACGAACUCAAGUCAGAUUCGAAUAUAUGAAAGGCCUAAACCAUCAUAUGUUCUCUUUAACACGUAGUAAUACCGAAUCAUCAGAUGUUAUUCAACAAUGGAAUUUAGCUGCAGUUUAUGAGAUUACGAGUUGGAUUUCUGACCUACUAAAAAUUAAAGCAACUAAGAUCACACCAGGACAAGAAGUUUUAAAGUUUUGUUUAGAAGCAGAAAAAGAAGUACCUUGGGAAUGGAAUUAUCUUAGUACUAAACCAAGUGAUUCUGCUAGAAUUGUAAUAAAUGCUGUUUGGGGACCUUCUAAUACAGCAAAAGGUAAAUGUAGCGGAUCCUCAGUUACGUUAAAUUUACUUGGUGAAAUUAGCGAAGAUCAAUUAAAAGAAGUUAAAGAAGCAAAGUGGCCCUAUGAAGAAUGUCGGGAACAGUCUAAAGGAAAACAAUUUUCUCCAUUCUCUGAUGCAUGUUAUGAAGCUUCAAGGGAGUUAUCUACUCUAAGGAAAUAUCAAAUUAUUGUACAACAUGAAAAUGUACCAGCAAGCUUAAAACGGUUAGCUUGGAAAUUUCGUGCCUUCUAUGAUCUUAUUGGCGGAAAUAGUAGUUCUGAUUCCACUUCAAAUGAAUUCACUGUAAUUGCAACAUUUCCAAAGGAUUCAGAUACUGGCGAAUUAUCGCUCAACAAUGAUAAAGUAAUUAUCGAAUAUAAUUACAAUUUUGUGGAUUACUUUUUAACAAGAACUAGAAUUCAUAAAUACAUGGAUUGGUCAAUUAUAAGAACAUUUUUUGGCACAUGUAUUGUGACGCCAGAUUUUAUAAGAUCGAUUUACAACGUAAAUUACUCGUUCCGUAACAAACGUGAAGUUUUGUUACUUGGUCAAUGUUUCAAUGAAAAUCCAAAAUAUGCAUUAUCAGCGCGAAAUGAUCUAUAUGGUGUCAACGUCAAUAUAUAUGACGAAAUAGAUAAUGUACGAAUUGUACCUAAUAGAACCGGAGGAACGGUAUACAAUGAUACAACAUAUAUUUCAUUACCUCAAAGUUAUAUAUUUCACUCCCUAGGUUCUAAAAGGGUGAGAUUGGAUGUUAAUACUAUUGACAUGAUAGUUCCAAAUCUCUAUUUAUAUAUGCAUUGGACUCAAGAACAAAUUCUUCUGUUCUUUCCAAUGUAUUUACUAGAAUUUAGUUGUGGUAUAUGUACACUAGACUCUCUCAAUACUGAUAGUUUAUACGAAAAAUUAUAAAACUGUUUAUUUAUGCACAAAGUUGAUUUAAUAUGUAAUAGAUAUUCACGAUUAAGUAACAUUUACCUUGUUACUUGGGUUGGUACAUUACCACAAUUAAAGCAUUUGUAAGGUGGUUAAUUGUAAAAAUAGUAUUUAAUUUUAAUAAAUAUAUAAUUGUAAUAUAGACGAACUUGUAAAUGCUGCAAGAAAUUGGAC